AUGUUCAAGAAUUACCACAUUGAUGGGAACAAAGAAAUGAUUGCCAUUGGGAUGAUGAACAUUGCUGGUUCUUGCACUUCUUGCCACCUCACCACAGGAUGCAAGAUGGCAAUGUCAAACGUUGUCAUGGCAAUUGCGGUUAUGUUCACAUUGUUGUUCCUCACUCCUCUGUUCCAUUACACUCCCCUGGUUGUUCUGUCUGCUAUUAUAAUAGCUGCCAUGCUUGGCCUCAUAGACUAUGAAGCCGCAAUUCUCCUCUCGAAGGUUGACACGUUUGACUUUGUUCUGCAUGAGUGCCUGUAUCGGUGUCGUUUUUGGCAGCGUUGA